UGCUCCUUUGCCCGCUGCGGCGCUGAAGGGCUCGGAUCCCCCUGCGGGGCUCUCGCUGGCCUUCUAGGCACCCCGAGAGGGAAAGGGCUGAUAGUCGUUCUGUUUGGCAGCGAGGCUGGGAAUAGCGAUGAAAAUCCACAAGCGAAUCGGUGCACUGCGGAAGAUGAAAUGCUUCCCGUGCCAGCUCCCAAACGCGGUUCAGUCCGCCCAGCUGAACACCAGUGCCUUGAUGUCUGUCUCUUUCUUUGAGCAAGCGGAUAUAAUUUCUACGGUAGAAUUUAACCAUUCUGGAGAGCUACUAGCAACAGGAGACAAAGGAGGUAGAGUUGUCAUCUUUCAACAGGAGCAGGAGAACAAAACCCAGUCUCACAGUAGGGGAGAAUACAAUGUUUACAGUACCUUUCAAAGCCAUGAACCAGAGUUUGACUACUUGAAAAGUUUAGAAAUUGAAGAGAAGAUCAACAAAAUUAGGUGGUUACCCCAGAAAAAUGCUGCUCAAUUUCUAUUGUCUACAAAUGAUAAAACAAUAAAGUUAUGGAAGAUCAGUGAAAGGGACAAAAGACCAGAGGGCUAUAACUUAAAGGAGGAAGACGGACGGUAUAGGGAUCCUACUACAGUUACAACACUACGGGUGCCAGUAUUCAGGCCCAUGGACCUCAUGGUUGAAGCUAGCCCACGAAGAAUAUUUGCCAAUGCUCACACGUAUCACAUCAAUUCCAUCUCCAUUAAUAGUGAUUAUGAAACAUACUUAUCUGCGGAUGACUUGCGGAUUAAUCUGUGGCAUCUAGAAAUUACAGACAGAAGUUUUAAUAUUGUAGAUAUUAAGCCUGCCAACAUGGAAGAGCUGACAGAGGUGAUAACAGCUGCAGAGUUCCACCCAAACAGCUGUAACACGUUUGUAUACAGCAGCAGUAAAGGAACGAUUCGUCUCUGUGACAUGAGAGCAUCAGCGCUCUGUGACAGACAUUCAAAAUUGUUUGAAGAGCCAGAAGAUCCUAGCAACAGAUCAUUCUUCUCUGAAAUUAUCUCCUCCAUAUCUGAUGUCAAAUUUAGCCAUAGUGGUCGAUAUAUGAUGACUAGAGAUUAUCUAUCAGUGAAGAUCUGGGAUUUAAAUAUGGAAAACAGACCUGUGGAAACAUACCAGGUGCACGAAUACCUCAGAAGUAAACUCUGCUCACUGUAUGAGAAUGACUGCAUUUUUGACAAGUUUGAAUGCUGUUGGAAUGGUUCAGACAGCAUUGUCAUGACAGGAUCUUACAACAAUUUCUUCAGAAUGUUUGACAGAAACACAAAGCGAGACAUCACCUUAGAGGCAUCACGGGAAAACAACAAGCCCCGUACGGUUCUGAAGCCACGUAAAGUUUGUGCGAGUGGGAAGCGAAAGAAGGAUGAAAUCAGUGUCGACAGCCUAGACUUCAACAAGAAGAUUCUACACACAGCCUGGCAUCCCAAGGAAAAUAUCAUUGCCGUAGCUACUACAAACAACUUGUAUAUAUUUCARGACAAAAUGAAUUAGGUUUGGCAUUCCUACCUGAAGAGUCCACUUCCUGCAUAGUUGAAAUAGUUGAAUCUAGCAUUUGUACCUGUAAACGAAAGAGAAUGAGAGGUCCAUUAUGGCACCCCUUUCCAGUGUUUAAAAAUGUGCCAUAUGACAACACAUUUUUAUAGCUACAUGGAGAAAGCUCUGUGGAUCGGUCCCUGUGUUCUUCUCCAUGUCUGCUAGCCAUUUAGGUGAGGAUAGGGCACUUUUUAAUUUAAAUGACUACUUGCACCAUCUUGCCUAAUGGACUAGAUUGGACUGUAUCAACAUUGGUUUACUCCACUUUUUAUGCCUUCCAUUGUGAUGACGUCAAACACAGGGAAAGCCUUCAAUCAUGCUAUGGGAUUUAAUUGUGUAACCUCAUUACUGUAUCAUUUGUGGCCCCCUUUUUUAUUAAAUACAGCUCAUUCUUGCUGUGGCUUGUAGCAUUCCUCCUCCUUCUGGCCUCCUGGACUCCCCCUUUCCCCUUUAUCCCCCUCCACCUAGCCCUGGUGGUGGUGUAUAGAAAACAAAACAAAUAAAGCACAUGAAAUGGGUCCGUUUGGGGUCAGUGGUAAAGGGGGUCUGUGUUGCAACAAAUGUUUUAAUAAACAGUUGACUGUAAUCACUCCUUGCCAUGUCUGGCACCAAAAAAAAAAAAAAAAAAAAAAAAAAGAGAAAAUAAGGAGAAAAACAAACAAACUACUGAAUAAAAGUGACAAAGAAUGGAGAAUCUGUUUUCUUUUUUUAAUCUACCUCUUUAUACAAAACUCUGUGUUUUACCUUAGAUGCAUGAAAAUAAAAAGAUGUUUUUUGUAAUGAUUUUAACCAGUAUUAAUUAUUUUUCAUGGGAAUGAAGAGGGAGGGAUUUCACAAGUAUCUGCAUUCAUUUUUUCAUGAAUGAUAGUAGUACAAGCCUUAGUGUGCACUGACCACUUCCCUUAAAAAAAACAUAAACUGCUGUCAGGUUUUGCCAUAAUCUGAACUGGUCAGUUACUGCUCAAAUAUCCUUAAAAACAUUUUUUUUUCUCUUUAACUAUUGCUUAAGUUGGAAUGGGAAUAGAAUUUGUAGGUUUAAAAUCCAUUUUAUGGGACUUUUUUUAAUACUUAGUUUGAUCAUGGUUUCUUUAAUGCCUUGUUUAUUCCCACAUGACUUCUUAAAAAGUUGUUUGAAUUCUUGUCUAGCAGUACGAUGUUAUGUAGUACAAAAUAUCAAGUGAUUACAUAGAUAAUUACUACAGUGCAUUCUGAGAUAUUUUCUGUAUUUUAUUGCUAUCAGUAACUGAGUGGAAAUGUAGUUUACCAUGCAAGUGUUUCUCCUGGCUUUUGGCUUUGCAAAGUUUUAUUGCACUUACAGAAACUUUAAAAUGGUGCAAUGAUCAGAAAAUACGUGGAGUACAGAAGCUGCAUGAAGUAAGUGUUCAUAGUUAUUUGAGCAAUUUAAACUCUUAAGCAAAUAAGGCUUAUCCAAAGAUGAAAUAGAUACUGAUGCUUUAUAAGACUUGUGAGUUUUUACCUCCAGAUGUUUUUGCUAAUUGUGCUUUUCUGUUUACUUUUCCUUCAAGGAAAUGUUCAGAACAGAUUUUUAAGUCAUAGUGAACUUAACUUGACUGGRAAGAUUUUCACUUUUCAGUUAACUACAUUUAAAUUAUAUCUGUGGCUUAGUUAUGGUUAGCUAUUACAAUGCCUCCAUUUUUUGAUCAAUUAAGAUACUGUUUCUGCUGUAACAUGACUGGGUUAGGGAUUGUUAACAGACUUACUGUUGCAAACACUUUAUAAUUUCAUUAAGUUUUUGUGCUGUGGUUUGAAAAAAUGUAAAGAUUCUAAUAUUUAUUACAUCUGGUUCUCUGAAAUACAGUAUCUGUCUUGUAACAAACAUGCAUGCCUGACCACAAGCCUUUGAAAGGAAUUGACUUUUUUUUUUCAGCCUGUUAGUCUGGCAAAAAUUUUACGAUCCAGAAAUCCCUUCCCCUCGGAGCCUCCAGGACGGCAACUGGAGCGGGUGAAUACCUGCCUGGGA